UAAGAGGUUGGACGACUAGCCAAUGGGUUCAGUGUAAAUGUGCAGCUGCUUCAAGCACAUCGGUGUUUAACUCGAUAUAUUUAAACACUCAAUACACGUUCAGUGCACAUUUCGGAAGCGAAAAGAAUGGACGUUAAAGACCAAGGAGCGCAAAUGGAGCCUCUUCUUCCGCCGGUUCAAAGCCCCGUGAGCAGCGAAGGGAGAAAUGAUGAGGAGGCAGUGUUGGACAGAGGUGGGACUCGCUCCAUGCUCAAUACCAACUUUGAGAAAGAGGAGCUAGAAGGCCACCGUACGCUGUACAUUGGGGUGCAUGUCCCACUCGGUCGGAGGUCACACAGGCGACAUCGUCACCAUGGACACCGUCACAGAAAGAGGUCGAGAGAAAGAGACUCAGGAACUGAAGAUGGCAGAGAAUCUCCCUCGUAUACAGACACUCCAUCUCAGAGGGUGCAGUUUUUGUUGGGGAUGGAAGAUGAGGAUGAGGAGCACAUUCCUCAUGCACUUUUCACUGAACUGGAUGAGAUUUGUCUGAGAGAGGGAGAGGAUGCUGAGUGGAAAGAGACUGCAAGAUGGCUGAAAUUUGAGGAGGAUGUGGAGGAUGGAGGGGAAAGAUGGAGUAAACCCUAUGUAGCCACACUGUCUCUGCACAGCCUGUUUGAGCUGCGUAGCUGCAUCCUCAAUGGUAUCGUCAUGCUGGACAUGCGAGCUAACUCGCUGGAAGAGAUAUCAGACAUGGUUCUCGACCAGCACGAGAUAUCGGUCACGAUCGGUGAGGAGGUACGUAGGAAAAUCCGCACUGCUCUUCUUAAACAGCACCACCACCAAAACCAGAAGAAACUGGCCAACCGCAUCCCCAUUGUCCGCUCGUUCGCUGACAUUGGAAAGAAGCAGUCUGAGCCACACUCUAUGGAUAAAAACGGUCAGAUGGUGUCUCCUCAUUCACAGCCAUGCUGCACAGAAGGCAGAGGCGAUGGCAGUCGAGAAAACAGUGCAGUAGACUUCAGUAAGAUAGAUCUCCAUUUUAUGAAGAAGAUCCCACCUGGAGCAGAGGCAUCAAACAUCCUGGUUGGAGAACUGGAGUUCCUGGAGAAGCCAGUGGUGGCGUUUGUGCGCCUUUCUCCAGCUGUGCUGCUCAAUGGCCUGGCUGAAGUUCCAAUUACAACUAGAUUUCUGUUUAUACUGCUGGGGCCGAUGGGCAAAGGGCCUCAGUACCACGAGAUUGGACGGUCCAUUGCCACGUUAAUGACGGACGAGGUGUUCCAUGAUGUGGCAUAUAAGGCGAAGGACCGUAGUGAUUUGGUUGCUGGAAUUGAUGAGUUUCUGGACCAGGUGACAGUGCUACCUCCAGGAGAGUGGGACCCCACUAUCAGAAUAGAGCCACCCAAGAAUGUGCCCUCUCAGGAGAAAAGGAAAAUUCCUCCCCUACCUAAUGGAGUAACUGAUCUGGGAGAGACAGAGGAGCAUGGAGGCCAUGGAGGACCUGAAUUACAGCGCACAGGAAAGAUUUUUGGAGGCUUUGUCCUUGAUGUAAAACGCAAAUCUCAUCACUACCUGUCUGACUACACUGAUGCCAUCAGCCUACAGUGUCUAGCCUCCUUCCUGUUCCUCUACUGCGCCUGCAUGUCUCCUGUCAUCACUUUUGGGGGCCUGUUGGGAGAGGCCACGGAGGGUCGAAUAAGUGCUAUUGAGUCUUUGUUCGGUGCCUCUAUGACUGGGAUAGCAUACUCUCUGUUUGCUGGGCAGCCUCUCACUAUACUGGGCAGCACUGGUCCUGUUUUGGUGUUUGAGAAGAUCCUAUUCAAAUUCUGCAAGGAAUAUGGACUGUCCUACCUCUCCUUGCGUGUGUGUAUCGGGCUAUGGACAGCUUUCUUCUGCCUGCUCCUUGUGGCCACAGAUGCCAGUUCACUGGUGUGCUACAUCACCCGUUUCACUGAGGAAGCCUUUGCUGCACUCAUUUGCAUCAUUUUCAUCUACGAAGCUCUGGAGAAACUAGUGCACCUGGGAGAAACAUAUCCUUUCAACAUGCACAAUGAUCUCAACAAGCUCACCCAGUACUCCUGUGUGUGCACAGAGCCAAAAGACCCAAGCAACAACACCCUGCAAUACUGGCAGGAAAAAAACGUCACUAGCUCUGAGAUUGACUGGUUAGGUCUGGAUGUCAAGAGCUGUGUGGAGCUCAGGGGUGAGUUCCAGGGCAGUGCAUGUGGUCAUCACGGGCCCUACAUCCCUGAUGUUGUCUUCUGGUGCGUAAUCCUGUUCUUCUCCACAGUUGCCAUGUCUUUCUUCCUCAAGGAUUUCAAAACUAGCCGCUACUUCCCCACCAAGGUUAGGGCAAUUAUCAGUGACUUUGCAGUCUUCAUCACUAUCGUCACCAUGGUGGGGAUUGACUUUGCUCUGGGGGUUCCCUCUCCCAAACUGCAGGUCCCCAAUGAAUUUAAACCUACCAGAGAUGACCGCGGCUGGAUCAUCAGCCCUCUGGGACCAAACCCAUGGUGGACAAUCCUCAUCACCUUCAUUCCUGCACUGCUGUGCACCAUCCUCAUCUUUAUGGACCAGCAAAUCACAGCUGUCAUCAUAAACAGGAAGGAGCACAAGCUGAAGAAAAGCUGUGGCUAUCACCUGGACCUUUUUGUGGUGGGUGUAAUGCUUGGAGUGUGCUCAGUUAUGGGACUACCAUGGUUUGUGGCUGCCACCGUCCUCUCCAUCACACAUGUGAACAGCUUGAAGCUGGAGUCUGAAUGCUCAGCACCCGGAGAGCAGCCCAAGUUUCUGGGAAUCAGAGAGCAGCGCUUCACAGGUCUCAUGAUCUUUGUCCUCAUGGGAUGCUCUGUAUUCAUGACUUCUGUCCUAAAGUUCAUCCCAAUGCCUGUGUUAUAUGGAGUUUUCUUGUACAUGGGGGCGUCGUCUCUCCGAGGCAUUCAGUUUUUUGACCGUCUGAAGUUGUUUGGUAUGCCAGCGAAACACCAGCCGGACUUCAUCUAUCUGAGACAUGUUCCUCUGAGGAAGGUUCACCUGUUCACCAUCAUCCAGCUGAGCUGCCUUGUCCUCCUCUGGGUCAUCAAAACCUCCAGAGCCGCCAUUGUUUUCCCCAUGAUGGUGUUGGCGUUAGUUUUCAUCCGUAAGUUGCUGGACUUCAUCUUCACAAAAAAGGAUCUCAGCUGGCUUGACGACCUUAUGCCUGAGAGCAAGAAGAAAAAACUGGAGGAUGCACAGAAAGAGGAGAACCAAAGUGUAAUGGUGGAGGAUGAAGUAAUUGUUCAGGUGCCACUUGAAGGACAUUACAAGGAUGACCCAUCAACAGUCAACAUUUCAGACGAAAUGACCAAGACGUCUUUUGGAAAUAUCUGGAAAAGCCUGAGUACUGACGACAGCAAAAACGAUAAAAGUGCAAAAAGCUCCCUCUCCUUACCUCCCAGCUGCUGACUUUCCAAAGAUCUUCAGUGAAAGGAAUCAGAAGUCCUAAGAAACCCGAUACAGUGAAGGACUGGAACGUUGACAGAGAGACGAGUUUGUGACGUCUCAUGUUGCUUUUAAAAAUAUAAAGAGAAAUUUUGUGCCACGAUAGUAAAGAACUAAUCUAUGUUUUACUGUCGCUCACUGUGUGUAACACUGUGCACACUCCUUUCGACAAUGUGUGUGUGUGUGUGUGUGUGUGUGUGUGUGUGUAAGCUGAAGGCCUGACAAAAUGCAUAUUUGUAAUUUUGUGUGAAAGUUUUGUGUGAAAUCCUUUUACAGGGUUAAUAAUAUCUUGACUUUUAGGAGUUUUACAUUUGAACUUGCUUUUUGUUUUAAACCCAGACGUAUUUUUAUGUUUUGUAUUUUUAUGGUAGUGUUUAACCUUUUCAAACUUUUCAACCUUUUUAAUAUCCUUGUCAUACAGUAUGAAAUAUACCAACUUCAGAUAUUCUCAUCAGAUAUUACAUGUAUUUUCAACUCAACUUCUUUGAACAAAAUGGUGACAAAUUAAAGAGAGAGACGACGUACAGUGCUGACGAACCGUCAGAAAUCUUUCAGAUUCUACAAAUCUCUACAACCACAAUAGAGACAUGAACACAAUUCUUAUGACAGCUAUUUCUUCACUAGGUGUUUUGAUAACAUUGGUACACAGUGCUGUCUCCGCAAAUGGACUGUAAAAGCUAUAAUAUACGAGUUCCAUUUUCAUUCUCUUCAACCUAUGGAUGUGGAAAUUGUAGAUUCAUUUUGUAAAAGAUCAUCAGCACAGAAACAUUUCCUCCUAAAGGAGAUGAAUAAAUUUGUAACAAUUUGCAGUGAGUCUUUCCUUUUACCAGCAAAACCCUGCCACACGUUUUUCCUCUAAUUUGUCUCCUGUCUGUUUAUAUUACUAUAAUUGUGAAAGCAAAUGAAAUAAAUAUAGAUCUAUAAAAUAAUUUCCAAAUAUUUUCUGACCGCAAAUACUAUGAUAUAUGGAUCCCAGUAAUCUCAGUCCACGUUAUUAAUGUAUAUGUGUGUACACGUGUCUGAGGAUUUCACUCAGCAUACAAACACUUUGAUAUGUUGACGCAUUUCUUUGUAAAACCUUCCAUAAUAACAGCAACCAAUAUUUUUAAAUGUACAUUUAUGGACUGUUGUAUCUUGUAUAGUGUGAAAUUUAUCUUCUUAGAUUUACUCUCCAAAAUUCUGAACAUAAAACCUUUACACGUGGAACAUUCUACAUAAGAGCUGAUGAUGCUGCACACACUUGCAAAUACUGAGUACUAUAUUUUGCUAAAAUACUGCUUAGAACCAUAAUGUUUAGUAAUACAUCUGUUUUUUCUGUGCUUUCUAAGAUUUAUAACCAUUGUGUCGUGAUUAAGUGGAGAUUCCUUGCAGGCAAAAUACUGACAAGAGAUGCAAUAAUCCUUUUCAAUAAGAGGGGCAUUAUAUCAUGUAUUGACCAGAGACAAAAUGACCUCAGACAAAUGUUCUGUACAUCCAGUUGUGUAUGUUGUUCAUGUGUAAUAUGCAAUAACUAAGAGUGUUUAUUUCAUAUGUAGGUAGGAAUAAAAUAAAUGACAGUGUGAACAAUUCGAUGGUGAUGUGAACACCAUGAUGCUGUAAUGACUUUGUUGCCAUUUCUUUUUGCUUUUUUUGUGUAAAUACUGAACCUCACUUACAGAUUUUUGCAGAGUGAUAAAUUCAGCAUUGCUUAAUUUAAGUUGUUUCUGUUUAUGAUGUUAAUUGAUGACUGUGUGACAUUACACCUGUGACACCUUCAGCAGAUACAGAACGAGCAAAUAAUCAUCUUUUAAGAGGGAAAUUAUGUACAGAUUUUCUUUUCUUCACCAUGCCACUGAUAUGUAACCACUGUA